CUGUUGAUAAUAUUCUCAGAAAAAACGUUUUCUGGAAAAAAAAAAUAAACGUUUCCGGAACUUUCGCUCCUCAUAACGAAGAGAAAAAAUGAGAGGAAUUGGUGGGCCCCUCCUAUGCAUCGGAGAUCUCCUCAGCGACGUCGGAGAAGAAGGAGACGCCGCCGUGGUGGUGUCACCGGUGGCAGAAUAUCGCCGCCACGAAAAGCCCCCCGCUUCCACUUGCCGUUUAGAUCUAGAAGGCGAUUCUCAUGUCCCUGACCUUACCAAACUCUUCCAGGAAAACUAUGAUCACUUGGUUUCGGCACUUGCUGGGACCGAUCAUUCUUGGACUUCUCUAACCUUAAAGCUGUGCACUGCUCUAGAGACUGCGAAUCAUUUGGUUCAAUCAACCAGCACAAAUGUUACAUCGUUAUCUGAGAAAGUUGGGGAGCUUCAGAAAAUUGUUAAGAGGGCGGAUUCUGCCAUAGCUGCAGCAAGGGAAGUUCAUGCUGUCAUGGAUAAUAACAAUGGUACAAUGGGAGGUUCAAGUAGUACAACUUCCAGGGCUUGAAUUAAGACAAGGUUUAUUCGUUUUGGAAGUAGGAAAAAGGCAGAGUCUUUGUGGCAAUGUGUAGUUUACACCACUAUGUGGAGUAUUUGGUUGGAGGGCACUCUGCUUACAUUCAACUACAAAUUUUUGGACAAGCAAGCUUUAUGGGAUACAAUUCAAUGUUUGGCAUCAAUAUGGUGUAAAGCCCAUGAUCUUUACGGAUCGAAAAGCUUUUCUUCAUUGAUAUCUCUUCUAUUUUUAUUGCUGCUGUCGAUUUUUUGCUAUAGUAGAGGGGAAUUCUUAUCCUUUGUUUACAUUUCAAUGUUCUGGAGCUGGUCCCAAAGAUACAAUGGAGCAUGUGUUAGAGAAGACUUAAUAAUCUUUGAAUACCUUGUUCCAAAUUUCCAAUUAGGUAGCUGUUUUGGUUAUGGCAUUUUUCACAUGUUUCCACUUACCAUGUUUUAUAUGUUAGAUUUCUGUUAAGGAUGAUUUUAAAUUGUGAAAAGUUCGUUAAGAAAAGUGGUAAUUGUCAACUAAAAGCUGAUGUAAGUAUAAUAUUGAUAAACUACAAGGAUGUGAGUAUAUUUCAUACAUAUAUUGUUAGUAAACCAUUUGAGAGUA